AUGUUGGCAGCAAGGAGAGCAGCUGCUCCCAACGGGCGGCCUUGUCCCUCCCUCCUGUCCCUCCCGGGCGCCCUACGACAAGUCUGUCUGCAGCAACAGCGCGGUCUCGCAACACCCGCCGAUGUCUCUGCCACGCCAGCAUCCAGCGACGUCGCCGCACGAACGCCUCCCUACCCCAAGCUCCUCAAACGCCUACACGAUGUCCGUCGACUCCUUCCCAAGCGAAAGCUCACACUAGCCGAGAAGAUUCUCUUCUCCCACCUCGACAAUGCCGAAGAGUCACUCCUCCAAGGAACCAACAAUGGCGCUGAUAUCCGUGGCAAGGCCACGCUCAAGCUUAGGCCUGACCGCGUUGCCAUGCAGGAUGCCAGUGCUCAGAUGGCCAUCUUGCAGUUCAUGAGCUGUGGCAUGCCAACGACUGCUGUGCCUGCGAGCAUCCACUGCGACCACAUGAUUGUUGGAGAAAAGGGCGCGGAUACGGACUUGCCGAACAGCAUACAGGGCAACAAAGAGGUGUAUGACUUCUUGGAGAGUGCGGGUAAGAAGUAUGGCAUUGAGUUCUGGCCACCUGGCGCAGGUAUCAUCCACCAGACUGUGUUGGAGAACUAUUCUGCACCUGGCUUGAUGAUGCUGGGUACGGACAGUCAUACGCCGAACGCAGGCGGCCUUGGUGCUAUUGCGAUUGGUGUCGGUGGUGCUGAUGCUGUUGACGCGCUCGUGGACGCGCCUUGGGAGCUGAAGGCACCAAAGAUAAGAGGUGUGAGGCUCGAGGGCAAGCUGAGUGGAUGGGCAUCGCCGAAGGACGUCAUUCUGGCAUUGGCUGGCAGCUUGACAGUACGAGGAGGCACUGGAUACAUUACGGAGUACUUUGGACCUGGUGUCGAGAGCCUGAGUUGCACCGGUAUGGCUACCAUCUGUAACAUGGGAGCAGAGAUUGGUGCGACGACCUCGAUCUUCCCCUACACGCCUUCGUCGCAUGGGCCAUACUUGCAGUCAACACAUCGUGGAUUGAUCGCUGAUCAAGCCAAUGCCAUUGCCUCUUCGCCUGGACCUCACAAUCUUCUCGCAGCCGAUGCUGAGUGCGAGUAUGACGAUAUCGUGACCAUCAACCUCUCCGAGCUGGAACCACACAUCAACGGACCCCACACGCCAGAUCUUUCGUUCCCUCUUUCUGGCUUCAAAGAUGCUGUAGAAAAGAACCAAUGGCCAACUACAUUCGGUGCUGGACUCAUUGGUAGCUGCACAAACAGCUCUUACCAGGACAUGACUCGAGCAGAAUCUCUUGUGCAGCAAGCAUCUGCCGCGGGACUCAAGCCAAAGGCAGACUUCUUCAUCACACCUGGUAGCGAACAAAUUCGUGCUACUGUCGAGCGCGAUGGCACUCUCAACACUUUCGAGCAGGCUGGUGGUCUUGUGCUGGCCAACGCAUGUGGACCUUGCAUUGGAAUGUGGUCAAGAACUGACGGAGUGAAGAAAGGCGAAGCCAAUGCUAUAUUCACAUCCUACAACCGCAACUUCCCUGGACGAAAUGACGGCAACCGUGGCACACUCAACUUCUUGGCUUCACCAGAACUUGUCACAGCAAUGUCCUACUCCGGUCGCACCGAUUUCAACCCGAUGACAGACAGCAUCAAGACCGCUGAUGGCUCUGAGUUCCGCUUCCAACCUCCUACUGGUAUCGAUCUCCCUAGCAAAGGCUUUGCAGCCGGCAACCCACUUUUCCAACCUACCGCCCCUGUGCCAAACCCUGAAGUCUCCAUCGCUGUCGACCCUGAAUCAGACCGUCUGGCACUUCUUGAGCCCUUCGAGCCCUUCCCACAAGGAGAGCUCUCCGGCUUGAAGGUUCUUGUCAAGGUCAAGGGUCAAUGCACCACAGACACAAUCUCCGCAGCUGGUCCUUGGCUCAAGUACAAGGGUCAUCUUCCCAACAUCAGCGAGAACACUCUCAUCGGUGCUGUCAACGCUGAGACUGGUGAAGUCAACUCAGCCGUCGACGUGGACGGCAAGACCUACACAAUCCCAGCACUUGCAUCACGAUGGAAGUCCCAGAACCAGCAAUGGAUCGUCGUCGCCGAACACAACUACGGCGAAGGCUCUGCCCGUGAACAUGCCGCUCUCCAACCACGAUACCUCGGUGGUCGUAUCAUCCUUACGAAGUCCUUCGCACGCAUCCACGAGACGAACUUGAAGAAACAAGGUAUGGUACCUCUCACCUUCGCCAACGAAGCAGACUAUGACAAGCUGUCUGGCUGCGACGAGGUGAGCACGGAAGGUCUGUACGAUGUGCUGCAAGGCGGCGAGGGCGAGAUUACUCUGUUUGUCAAGAAGAAGGACAGUGGCGAGACGCAUCGCAUCCCGGUGAAGCACACUAUGUCGAAGGACCAGAGGGCGUUUAUUCUGGAGGGUUCGGCGCUGAACUUGCUGGCGCAGAAGGGCAAGAAGUAG